AAGUCGUCAACAUCUAUGCAUAACAUGUCUAAAAGAGUUGAAUAUAAUUGAAAUAAUUUAAUUUGUGGAAGUGAACUACUAUGAUGAUAACCUAACGUUACAAAUCAAAUCUAUAUUGUGUACCAAAGCUUAUCCACUACAGUGUUAGUGACAAGCAUUUAACAUAAUAUAAACCUAACUGUAAGAAAUAACCCGACGUACAUGACUAUUAUUGCAUGACAUAACCUUCGAAUUGCGAUUAAGUGAUCAAUUUUUGUUUCAUAAAUAAAUAACAAUGGAUUAUCAAAGAAAAAAUGUUAUAAACGUUGGUUCAAGGAAAAGUGAGCUGGCACUCAUACAAACCAACUUUGUAAUAGACAGCUUAAAGAAAGUACAUCCAGAGAAGGAGUUCAAGAUUGUUACCAUGACAACUUUAGGAGACCGCAUAUUAAAUGUGUCUCUGCCUAAGAUAGGUGAGAAGGCACUCUUCACAAAGGAUCUCGAAGAUGCUCUUAGAAAUAACACUGUUGACUUUGUAGCUCUAUGUGCAUUUUCCUUUUGAUAACACGCCCAUAAAAGACAUCUUCCCACAACACUGCUCUCAAAUCGGAUGGACUACCAAAGGAUGCAGGCGGAAGAUCCCAGAGAUGCCUUAGUGCUGCGACAGGAGUUCAAAGAGCACACAUUGUCUACACUUCCAGCCGGCUCCGUUAUUGGUACAUCAUCACUGCGUCGCACAGCACAACUCCGCAGCGCGUACCCACAGCUCUCUGUAUUGGAUGUGCGAGGUAAUCUCAACACGAGGCUUCGCAAAUUGGACGCGGAAGACAGCGAGUAUUCCGCUUUACUGCUCGCAAGCGCUGGGUUACAGCGGAUGGGAUGGGCAGACAGGAUUUCCAAGGUGUUGCCAUGCGCCGAAAUGUUAUACGCUGUAGGGCAGGGGGCCUUAGCAGUGGAAUGUAGAACUGACAACCAUGAAAUACUAGCUAUGUUGGCACCGUUCAACCACGCAGACACUUACCUCAGGGUGCUGGCUGAAAGAAACUUCCUCAAGACAUUAGGUGGUGGUUGCAGUGCUCCUGUAGGUGUAUCUACGAGACUGAAACAACAAGACGCGCAAUACAAGCUGACUAUAACUGGUGCUGUUUGGAGUCUAGACGGCACGACCAAGAUAGCCCACACUCUAGAACAAACGUUUGAUCAAAUAAAGAAAUCAUCUAAACACAAGCUAAGCCCAACGGAAGAGAACGGACAGAAGAAAUCUAAACUCGAAAAUGGUAUUGAAAAUGAAGCUGUCAAUCCUAUAGAAGAAUUAAAUAGACGAAUAACUAACGGUGGACCCAAUAUGAACUGUGUAGAUUUGAGAACCCCGGCACAAAUAGAGGCUUUGAAGAGUGAUGUGCAAGUGUUUUGUGGGCUGAUCGAAAAUAGUAGUAUACCUAUCGAGGUCAUAGAAAAAUGUGCCAAUAUUGGCAUGGAUUUAGCCAAUAUAUUAAUAUCAAAUGGUGCUAUAGAAGUAAUGAAGGUAUCUCAGGAUAUAAUAAGGAGUUCUACGGAGAAAAUCUCAUGAUCAUCAUUGAUUAAUACAAUUUAUACAAAUACAAAAGGUUUACACAGAAAUAGAUGAUAUAUGGUGCUAUAUAUUUCAAUUUAUAUGAAAAUUAUGUAACCCAUUGCGGAAGUAAUUACAAAAUUAUUUUAAAGUGCCCGAUCGAACUUAGGAUGACAGUUUCAGCUAGUUUCGGUGUAAAAAUCGGAUUUUCUGUUUCGUUUCGUAUUGACCAUAACCAUAUUUUUGUUAGUAGUAAUUAAAUGAUUUGUUGUCACUAGACAAGGAGACUAAUAUUCAGACGUAAUAAUUCUACUUAUAGAAGCAAAUAUUUAAAAAAAUUAAAGGUAUAACAAGAGAAAC